AUUACUAUAUAUAAUUAUUUGUAUGGUAUACGUUUAACUAAUAAAGUUGUGAGUUGUGGUUUAGGAUAUACCAAAAUUUGUUUGUGUUUCAUAUAUCGAUCUCAGCCAUGUCACUAUCAGGACUAAUCUCCACUACUACUUUCAAAGAACAACCAGCAAUAGUCCGUCGAUCAGGAAACUACAAACCCCCAUUGUGGGAUGCUCAUUUUAUCCAAUCACUCCAAGUCAUAUAUACGGAGGAAAGCUAUGGGAAAAGAAUCAAUGAGCUGAAAGAAGAUGUGAGAAGAAUUCUUGAGAAGGAGGCUGAAAAUCCUUUAGUUAAGCUUGAACAGAUUAAUGAUUUGAGCAGACUUGGAAUAUCUUAUCACUUUGAAGAUCAAAUUAAGGCAAUAUUAAACCUUACAUAUAAUAAUAAUAAUGCAUUGUGGAAGAAAGAUAAUCUGUAUGCCACUGCUCUUCAUUUCAAACUCCUUAGACAAUAUGGAUUCAAUCCUGUAUCUUCAGAGAUUUUCAAUGCUUUCAAAGACGAGAAAAAGGAGUUCAAGGAGAGUUUGAGUAAAGAUGUGAAAGGAAUGGUAUGUCUAUAUGAGGCUUCAUUCUAUUCAUUUAGGGGUGAACCCAUAUUAGAUGAAGCAAGAGAUUUCACAACCAAACAUCUCAAACAAUACUUGAUGAUGACGAGGCAAGGUCAAAAUGUUGACCAUGAUGAUGAUAAUGAUUUAAUGGUGAAAUUAGUGGAGCAUGCUUUGGAGCUUCCAGUGCAUUGGAGAAUGAAAAGGUUGGAGGCAAGGUGGUUUAUUGAUAUGUAUGCUGAAAUGUCUCAUCAUCAUCAUAUGAAUUCAACUUUUCUUCAACUUGCUAAACUAGAUUUUAACGUUGUACAAUCAACAUACCAAGAAGACCUUAAACAUGUUGUAAGGUGGUGGAAAACUACUAGUCUAGGAGAGAGGUUACCCUUUGCAAGAGAUAGGAUAGUUGAAACGUUCUUAUGGACUGUGGGAGUUAAAUUUGAGCCACAGUUUAGAUAUUGCCGAAAAAUGCUCACAAAGAUUGGUCAAUUGGUAACGACAAUGGACGAUAUAUUUGACGUGUAUGGUACGCUUGAUGAGCUAAGCCUCUUUCAAGACGCAUUGGAAAGGUGGGAUAUAAAUACGAUCGACCAACUUCCAGAUUACAUGAAGAUAUUUUUUUUGGCUACUUAUAAUGUGGUGAAUGAAAUGGCGUAUGACGUGCUAAAACAAAAUGGCAUUCUCAUUAUCAAAUAUUUAAAGAAAACGUGGACGGAUUUAUGUAAAUGUUACAUGUUGGAGGCAAAUUGGUAUCAUAGUGGAUACACACCAAGCUUGGAAGAAUACAUUAAAAAUGGAUGGAUAUCAAUUGCAGAACCCUUAAUUCUAGUCAAUCUUUAUUGCCUUAUAACCAAUCCAAUAAAAGAAGAUGACAUAGACUGCUUGCUUCAAUAUCCCACCUUUAUUCGUAUCUCAGGAAUCAUUGCUCGACUUGUUGAUGAUUUAGGAACUUCAUCGGAUGAACUGAAAAGAGGAGACAAUCCUAAAUCGAUUCAAUGCUAUAUGAAAGAAAAUGGUAUUUGUGAUGAAAAGAAUGGCCGUGAACACAUAAGGAAUUUAAUCAGUGAAACAUGGAAGGAAAUGAAUGAAGCUCGAGUGGGUGAGUCUCCAUUUUCUCAAGCUUUUAUUGAAACUGCCAUAGAUUUCGUUAGGACAGCAAUGAUGAUAUACCAAAAGGAGCAAGAUGGGGUUGGUACUAAUUUUGAUCAUUACACAAAAGAUGGAAUCAUUUCCUUGUUCUUCACUUCCAUUCCCAUUUGAACCAUAUUAAUCAUAUAUAUAUAUAUGAUGAUUAUGAUGGGCUAUUAUAGAUAAUUAGUUUAUGUUGUUGAGAAUAAUAUUUUGCUGGAUUAAUUGAUUGUAAAAUCUCAAUCCUAGCUAAAUGAAAUUACAUUAAAUGUUUGUAAUACGAAUGAUAAUUUUGUGUGUAAGGUUCUGUAUCCAAUAGCAAUUAAUAAAUGUAAUAAUAUUAAAUGAGUAGUAGGUAACUUGAUAUCA